GCAGAUCGCUGCAAUGAAUACGAUAGGCUACAGUUUCUGAGAGAUGUUGGCAGUGGAGCUGACAGCAGAAGAACUAAUGAGCCUGAGCACAUUCCUUCCAUCCGCUGCUGUUGUUCGUCAUGGAAACGAACGGAACUCUUCGAGACAAAGGAUGGGAUGAGUUGUCGAGACUGCAUUACCUCGCACAUAGUACAUCAACUCCGCCUCAAUCAUGUUCCAGUCGACAUCUUGCUUCCAUCUUCUGAAAACCUUUCGAGUAUUGAUCUCCUCUAUGCAGUCCUGCCAGUGCCACUGAUCUCAGUUCUCAUAAAAAUGUCCUACUCUUAUUAUCGCCACCUUCGUGAUCCAAAUGUUGUAUUUUCCGAAUGCCCUCGCUGUACUGUCGAAGUAGCGAUCGCUUCUCCCAAUGAAGACAGUACCAAUUGCAUCUGUCCCGAAUGUGAAUCCCAUUGGUGUUGGCUAUGUAACUCCGAACCACAUUGGCCAAUGAGCUGUGAAGAAUUCAAGCAAUGGGUUAGCAAGUGGGACCAGCAAUAUUUCGUGGACAAGUACCGUUUGCAACCAGAUGAAGAUCUAUUGCGCAUUACUUGCCUGUGUGGUACUGUUCUUAUUUUACCAAGUGAGUCAGCUCAUAACACAGUAUGCCGAUGUGGCCAUCGGUACGACAAAACUGGUCUGAUGAGUCUGAACUCCAAGUACUUCCCUUAUUACGCAAGAUCACGAAAAUUCCACGAUUUAGAAGGAAAACCAAAGCAGGGUGAUCCUGUGCCUGUCGAACGAAUUGCACCGCUGCAAUUGAUUGCAAAGGAGUUCGCCGAUGUAAGUGGUUUUUAUCGAAUGAAACUGAAUAGUUGUAUUUUAAGAACUGACAGUCAUGAAUAUGUGGCACAGAAGAAAUGUUCCGAUAGAUCAGGCCCAGGUAACUCCCGAACCUAG